CUAACUUCUAUUUCCUUCUCCUAUUCUCAGAGACUCUCAUUUACGAACGAUAAACAUUUAUUUUAAAUGAUUUUUCAUGGAGAUGUUCAGUAUGAGCAGAGGCGUAGGAGGCAAGUAAAAGUUGGGGAGACGCUUUUCUUGCAAAAAUGGGCACUUGAGUUGUAAAAAAGAGCAAUAUGCAACCCAAAAAUUCAAUGUUUGUUCUUUGCCGUGUUGCGACGUACUUGCAUCUUACAAAAGUUGUUGACAAAGCGAAAAAUUCAAGUGCAAAUUUAUACAAACCUUGUAUUGACCGGAUGCAAACCAUUCAGACCGGAUGUGACAUAAUGUAGUAUCCACCCCAAAAUACGCAUAACUAUUUAUGACUUUCAGACUUCACUCUUUAUGAAUUCAGAUUGACAAUGAUCAACGACACAUGUAGUAUGUCAUAUUGUACUUCAGUGUGUGCAUGGUCCUCGUGUACAUAAAAUACGUUUCUUGUGUACAACUUGCAGUUUUGGAGCUUCUGGAUGUUUUACUAAUGUAUUUAUGGAUUAAAACAUUGUUUAUAUACAAGUCACGAUCUAUUAAAUUGAUUUAGUUAGAUUGAUCAAUUGUAUUAACGGCUGGUGCUGUUCUUGAAAUUUCCUCAUAUUAUCGCAUUGGAUUGUUUGUCAAUAAUGGUGUUUGUUUGCUCAAAAUCAAGAUGUUAUGGAGUAAUUUUCUUUCUAAUAAUCUCCAUAAUCGUUGGAGUAUUCUCGCAAACUCUACCAAACAUUGUCACAAAAGAAACUGAAACUCAACAAAUCUUUAAGUGUGGUGUAAGCUUGACUGGCAACAGCACUGUGAAAUUUUUUCGUAACAAUGUGGAAAUAAUUCCUAGCGACAGAAUCAAAGUCAACGGAACAUUUCUCAUCAUGUCCGAUUUAAAAGUGUUGGAUGGUGGGCGAUAUUCAUGUAUUUUUGAUCAAAAUGGUAAAGAGAUGACUAUUAAAUUGGGUGUUCUUAUCAUCCGACGAGCAAGAAAAUAUGAAUUUAUGAUUUAUCCAAAAGAUGUGACCAGUAGAGUUACUGAAGGUUCAAACUUUGAAUUUCGUUGUGAGUAUGGAAAAGGAUCAACAAAAAUUAAAUGGUUCAGGCGACGAAGACUAAAUGUUACAAUAGUUGAGGAUCAUGUUCCUGAAAGUCUUAUUACUGUUAGAACAACUACUCAAAAAAGUGUUGAAGUGUAUCGCAUUCCAAGAGUGUCUAUAAACGAUGCAGGUGUUUACAGAUGUGAAGUUGAUGGAAAAAAUAACAGGAUAAUUUCAUCCAAAAUACGCAUUUUAGAAGUCAUAGAAAGAAGAGCUGCCAAAUUUAAAUCUGUGAUAAAUUUUUUUCACUUUAAUGAAGCUGAUAAAGCUGAGAUAACGCUUUUUGUUGAGGAAUAUCCAUUUCCAAAUAUCACUUGUUAUAAGGAUGGCAAAGAAAUUAUAUUUUGUAUUGGAAAGAAAAUGAAAGAUACUCUAAAUUUUAAUUCAUUGGCCUGCGAACAGGAUCAAUAUGGCUUAAACGGUGUCCCUCAGUUGAUUAUUGAAUCAAUCUCUUUUGUGAGAGAUGAUGGAAACUACACAUGUGUUGCCACUACCAACAAUCCUCCUGGGAGGGACGUUGUUUCAUUUUACGUCAAUGUUGGAGUGCCACCGUCCAUCAGCAGAGGAAAUAGUGAAUAUUUCACAGCACGACACAACACUGAAGGCGAGAUUAAAUGCAUGAUAAGAUGGUCUAAUCCAAGACCAAAUAUAACUUGGUAUCAACAAAUCGUUAGCAACAGUAGUGAACCUGUUUCAAAUAACUGGAUCCCUUCACAGUAUAAGUCUUCGUUUAAAAAGGAAAAACAAAGAGAUAACUUUGAUCCGUUUAAAGUCUUUCCUUCUGGGAAAGUAGAUGUUUUGAUUCGUAGUAAUAUUGCGUUUUACAAAGAAAAUCCUCGCCGUGAAGUGAUAAAUAAUGAAAGAACAAACAUCACCAUAAGUAGAAAUCCUCAAUAUCGUAAUGUUACAAUGAAAAUACGAAAUAUCAACAUCAAUGAUUCUGGAACUUACAGAUGUAGUGAAAAAAAUGCUCUCACUAAUGAAUAUGCUGCUGUAACGUUGAAUGUACGAGGAAUAUAUCCUCCUGUAAUUUAUCAGAUGAAAGAUUCUACAGUGAAUAAGGAUAAAGAUAAAGACGCAGAGUUGAUUUGUAAUGUGUCAGGUAAUCCUCCACCCGAAGUAACAUGGUCAAGAAAUGGUAAAGAAAUUGGUCGUGUUAGAAUCACAAAUUGUAGAACCCAAGUUCCUAACUAUUACUUGAAGAAUGAUGGAACAACUCUUAUUAUUUGUGGCGUUGAUAUUUCACAUUCGGGAAAUUACACAUGCUUUGCAAAAAACCAGUUAGGAAACGUCACAGCAACUGUUUAUCUUAAUGUUACUGGUAAACCAAAGAUCGACGAACCAUCAACUUUAAUAGAUGAAAGUCUUCUUGCCAAUGAAAAGGAAAGGUUUAGUUGUGUAGCAAGCGGUAAUCCUACACCUUGGGUACAAUGGAUUUCUAUCGAUAGUGAUGUGAAGCUCACAGCUAUAGCAAAGAAGGAAAUAAUUAUGACAGUUGAAAAAAUGAAUAAAUCUUACAUCGGAAAUUAUUCUUGUAAGGCAUGGAACUCUUUUGGUAUUACAGAGAAGCGUUUGUUGUCACUAAGACUUCAAGAUCGUCGCCAACCAGAUAUAUUUGCCAGAAGUGGUGGUGACCUAUCAACAGGAAGCAUUGUAGGAUUAGUUAUUGGUGUGAUCGUUCUUCUGUCCAUCGUUGGUGCUGUCAUCUUAGUUUUAUACAGAAAAGAAAAACAAAAACUAUUGUUCUACAAGCAUCAAUAUUUUCUACGAACAGGAAAUUAUUCAAUCGACCCCAGUAUAACGCUUAAUGAGCAAAGUAUGAAUUUACCGUACGACUCUGAUUGGGAAUUUCCUUUUGAAAGACUCGUUAUGGGUGAUCGUCUUGGUGCAGGAGCCUUUGGAGAAGUUUACAAAGCUGAAGCAAUGGGAAUUUUAGCUUUAAAUCCCCGCGAUAAGAGCAGUAUUGCUAAUAAGAGAAGAUCGAGAAUUCGACGUUCUUUGAGAGCAAGUCAAAGACCUAAAAAGAAAGCCUUAGAACCUAAUUUGACCAAUGCCGUUGUUGCUGUAAAAACUGUUAAAGCUCAUGCAACAGAAAGCGAAAUACGUGAUUUAGCAGAGGAACUGAAACUAAUGAUUCACAUUGGUGAAAAUAAAAAUAUCGUUAAUUUACUCGGCGCUUGUACCACAGGACGGCAACUUUAUGUAAUCUUAGAAUUUUGUCCUCAUGGAAAUUUGCUGACAUUUUUAAGAUCCAAAAGAUCUUUCUAUGAAAGUACCUGGGAAAAGAAAAUCUAUGAUCCAGAGAAAGAGUUUACUUUAAUUGAUAUUGUUGGUGCUGCUUUUCAAAUUGCCAAAGGAAUGGAGUUUCUUGCUUCACGAAAGUUAAUACAUCGUGAUCUUGCUGCCCGUAAUAUUCUUGUUGCUGAAGAAUACGUCAUGAAAAUAUCAGAUUUUGGUCUGGCACGAGAUAUAUAUAAAAGCGAUGUUUAUGUAAAGACAUCCAGUGGUAUGUUACCUGUAAAAUGGAUGGCUGUAGAAUCUUUAUUUGAUCGCAUAUAUACUCAUCAAAGUGAUGUUUGGUCGUUUGGUGUUUUAUUGUGGGAAAUGAUGACUCUUGGAGGUACGCCUUAUCCUGAUCUACCAGCUGAACAAUUGCUGGAAUUUUUAAACCAAGGAAAACGCAUGCCACAGCCCACUAAAUGUCCGUUGGAAAUCUAUACAAUCAUGAGAGAUUGUUGGCAGGAUGAACCUUUGGAGAGGCCGACAUUUUCAAGGCUAGUUGAGCAUUUUGGAAGAAUACUUGAGCGACGUACAGAAAAGACGAAUCCAUAUUUACACGUUGAAGCAAGUGCUGAUGAGAUUGAUGCGGCAAGGGAGAAAGAUGAAUUAUUGAAAAAAAAAUCUGAUUAUUACUUACAACCAUUGCUCAUUUCCAAUAAAUUACAUGGCUAUGACUCCAAUGCACCAUUACCUACCCCUCCCACAGAUGCAUACACGGCAUCUACAGUUCCUUUACCUGAAGUUGCUGUUGAACCAUCAACACCGAAAUUAAAUGAUGCUGGUUCUUACGAAAGGCUAGCAGACGAUGCUUUUCCUCCAAAUGAAGCACCUUACUUGAAUAGCCCAGUAGUAUUACAAAAUAUGAAUACGACAAAUCACAAUGACACGCAAGGUGUUGAAGAGUCUAAAAAGUUAGAAUCUAUUGUUUGAAUUAUUGCUUUCUAUAAUCUGCUGCGUGCAAAGUUUGGCAAACUGCUGUUUAUAAUUCUUAAAGCAUGAAUUAACAAAACAUGUUUACUCAUUUUGUGUACAGAAAUUGACACAGCUAAACAUUCAAGUAUUUUCUUUUUAACAGAUUUUUUUUAACGUAGCGAUUAGUAAUGAUAUUUAAAUGGAUAUUUAGUCGUAGAUGUAGAUCUGGUGAUCAAUGACUCAAAGUAGCAUGUGUUUAUUGAAA